AUGGCCGCCCUUGACAUGUCUCUCAUCGCGCGCAGCGAGGCUACCGUCCACCAGCUGGUGAAGCGCAAGAACUGGGCUGCCCGGGAGCCCGGUGUUAUCGUCGUCUUCGCCAUUGUCGGCGCUGUUGCAAUCCUCCUGAUUGCCCUCUUCAUUCACAAAAAGAUUUCGGCGCGCAGAGCUGCCAAGGUUUAA